AUGUUACAGUCUGAGCACUGGUUUGAUGCAAAAAAGCCACAACACAGAACCCCACCGCCGCCUCCUCGGCAGCACUCGAUCUGCAACCGGAGCCGGCAGCUUACCGCCGUUACACACCGCCCUCCCCUCGCCCAGCGAGACAAAUCGCACUCCGGCCCGCAGGCCUCGCCCCUCCCGGGAGGGAUAGCGGGCUCCGGGCGCGCCCUUGCUGACGAGCCCCAACGACCAGCGGGCCCGGCCCCACCCGACCCGACUCGACUCGACCCGGCCCGGCCCGCCGCCUCGGCCCCUCGCUCAGCCCCGGCCCUGCCGCGCCCUGCCCGGGGCCCUCCCUGGCCCCCGCCGGGCUGUAACGGAGGGAAACCCACGAAACAAGCCCCGCCCCCAGCCGCGGCCCACGGGGAGGAACAGCGCGCCGAGCCGCUCCCCGCCGCACCCGAGGGGCCGUUACCCGCCCGGAGCGUCUCACCCGCGGCCGCCGGGCCGGGCCGGGCCCUCCGGCGACGCCGCGCUCCCCUCGCCUGCCGCCACCUGCGCCGCUGGGCGGGGCCGCCGGGAGCGGCCGCGGGGCCUUGUGGGCCUGCGCGUGGCGUCGCCGUGGCGACGGCGGCGGUUGGGCGGCUGAGGCGGGGAGCGCGGCUCUCCGCGCCUCAGGGGCCUCCGGCGGCAGCGGCGUCUCGGUCUCUCCGCUCCGAUCCGUCCCGUCCCGUCCCUCGCGGUUUACCUGUCCUGCCGCCUGGGAGAGACCGCGGCGAGGCCAGGAGCAGCCGCCGACCCCGUGCGCCAGGUCCGAACGCCCGGUCCAGCCCGGGUCUCGGGUCCUCCUACUAA